AUGCGAGAUGGUGGCUGCACAAAUCAAGUGGCGAUGUCCGAAUGGUGUUGCUUAUCGCAAUCCAGAAACGCCGAGUUAUCUUUCAGCUUUGGGGAUUGGUCCCUGCCCCCUCCUGGAACCAAUGCCGCUGCAGCCAUGACCCACGAGGUCAUUGUUCAUGAAACCGGUGUUGUGGUGGGGCCCACAAUUAUUGUCCCUUUCUUCACCAUAUACGACCGCCAAGCAGGCCCGGCUGAACACGAUCUAGUUCUUGGGCCGGGAGAUUUCCUCGAAAUCACUGACGGAUGCUGGUGA